UAUAUAUAUAUAUAUAUAUAUAUAUAUAACGUUAUAGAUAUUAAGAGUUUGUGUCUUUUUCCUCUAGCUGAGACGAACUUGCCUGAACCUUUGAUGACGUUUGACUUGCAUCAUCACUUUAUUAAUGCAGCUAAGAUGGACUCUUCAAUGCGCGUAUCACAUAUUCAUUAUUACGUGCACCAACUUCCAAAGCCUCAUUUUGAUAUGCUAAAAAUGGUUAUCAAACAUUUACGAAAGGUAGCGGACCACUAUAAUGAAAACUUGAUGACUGUCGGGAAUCUGGGCGUUUGUUUUGGUCCAACUUUACUGAGGCCUAAAGAAGAAACUAAUGCUGCAAUAUUGGAUAUCAAAUUUUGUAAUGUUAUUGUGGAAGUGCUUAUUGCAAAUUAUGAUACGAUUUUCAAUAAGGAGCCAUCGCAACUUGGAGGUAUGCCUUGUCCACCAAAACCGAGCCAUGGGUUAGGAGAAAAAGAAGAUAUUAGUGUAGGAGCAAGUGUUUCAACGAGUCGAAUGAGGACAUCAACUGAGAACGGCGGUCAGCGAAUUGGGGCUUCUGGUUCUUCUCCGGGAACCUCUACAACUGGUACAAAUAGCGGUCGACUCCAAAGUAUUUCUUCAUCUAUUUCGUCUUCUAGUCAGAAAUCUCCUUCAUUGAGAAGUAAGGCUCGACGCGUCAAAACGCUGUAUGAAUGCACGGCUGGUCAUGAUUCUGAAUUGUCGUUUCAACCGGGUCAAAUUAUUACAAAUGUGUACGAGUCCAAAGAAGAAGGUUGGCUUGUUGGAACCUUGAAUGGGAAAACGGGUUUGAUACCGGCUAAUUAUGUUGAACCUUUACCGUAG